CUCAAAUUCGGUCUUAUCAUCUUUUUUCCUACUUCAUCCCAUCAAAGUCUCUCUAGCUAUAUAUUCUUCUCACACAUAACAUAAGUGGACAAAAAAAAUGUGUACCUUAACGCCAAUGUUUCCAAGUAAGCAGCAAGAAUGGUACUCUGCUUCAACAAUGGAGUAUCCAUGGCUGCAGUCUCAAGUUCAUUCCUUUUCACCUACUCUCCAUUUUCCUUCCUUCCUUCAUCCUUUAGAUGAUUCCAAGAGCCAUAACAUCAAUCUUCAUCAUAUGAGUCUUAGUCACAGCAAUAAUACUAACAGUAACAAUAACAAUUAUCAAGAAGAAGAUCGAGGAGCGGUGGUUUUGGAGAAGAAACUGAAUCACAACGCAAGCGAACGAGACCGCCGUAGAAAACUUAACGCCUUGUACUCUUCACUUCGUGCUCUCUUGCCUCUUUCUGAUCAAAAGAGGAAGCUGAGCAUUCCUAUGACGGUAGCGAGAGUAGUGAAAUACAUACCAGAGCAGAAGCAAGAACUUCAACGUUUGUCUCGGAGAAAAGAAGAGCUCUUGAAGAGGAUCUCGAGAAAAACUCACCAAGAGCAGCUGAGAAACAAAGCAAUGAUGGACUCAAUAGAUUCUUCUUCCUCUCAACGGAUCGCAGCAAAUUGGCUCACUGACACAGAGAUUGCUGUCCAGAUUGCUACGUCGAAAUGGACAUCUGUUUCAGACAUGUUGCUUAGGUUAGAAGAAAACGGGCUUAAUGUCAUAAGCGUCUCUUCUUCCGUUUCUUCCACCGCAAGGAUCUUCUACACUCUACAUCUUCAGAUGAGAGGAGAUUGCAAAGUGAGACUGGAGGAACUCAUCAAUGGUAUGCUCUUGGGAUUACGCCAAUCAUAAUGAGCGAUAUGAAGUGUUUAAAAGAGUGAAUGUUGUUAGUUUAUGUUAGACUUUUAUCAAAUCUGUAACAUUUUUUUCUUCUUCUGAUUAAUGAUUAUUCAACUGGAAAACUUAUUCAAUAAAGAGAAAUUGCAAUUUUUUAUGAGAUA